CCCAAGUCGCGGCGGCCAUUCGGCAAGUGUAGGGCGUCUUACCCAAACAACACUGACGAAAAUGGUCAUGUUUUUGUGACAAACGCCGCUCCUGUAGUAAACAUGCUGUCCUACAGGAUAGAAGAGAGUACACUGCAGGUUUUUGUAGCUAUUCUAUGUCUUUCUCUUGGCCAGGGACGUGUUUAUGUGAACGAAAACACUUGGAUUGUUCAGGGUUACAACAACCUGAACAAGGCGCUGCAAGACCGGAGCUUCGGGUUUCUUGAAGGAGGAACAGUAGACUACAAUCUGACUUGUACACGGCCGGCUGUUUUGGACCUAUGGCUGCUGUCCUGCAAUACUUCAGAAGCUAAGGAGUAUGCACGUUUGACAGCCAGUCAGCUUGAUUGGGACUGCAAUGCACUGCGAGGGUUGAUGGCCCGUGACCCAGAUAACAGUUACUGUAAAAGGGACAAAAUCAAGUAUAACGAAUCCCACCCGAAUAAAUUCCACAUCCGCCGGCAGAUGAAGGACUCGCGUUUCUACACGUUCUUCCUGCUGCAGUGUCCGUCUCACCAGUCCAAGAACCAGUCCAACCGCCGCAUAGGCUGUCGGUCGGAGCUGACUCUGCUGAACCCAGACGGGGAACACCUGAGCAGUGAUGAGAUCCCCCUGCCGUGGAUCUUCGUGGUGCUGAACAUCAUGUGGUCCACCAUGGCUACACUCUGGCUCAUCAACUGGGUCAAGUACCACAGGUAUUCCAACAACCUGCACAAGUUCAUCACGGUGGUCCCUAUCUGUAAGAUAGUCCUGGUGUUUGUUGUGAUGGUCAGGUGGCAUCAACUGUCCAAGGACGGCAUUGAGUCGAAGCCAAUGCAGACCCUGCGGUACUUCCUGGAGAGCGUGGAGGAUGCCAUGCUGUUCAUGGCCAUGAUGGUGAUCUCGGAGGGGUGGGGGGUCGUACGCUACCAUGUACGCCACUUCCGCUGGACGGUUUUGGCAGCCAUGUUUGUGGUGUUUGCUGGCUCUCGAAUGUGUGUCCACUGGGUCCACAACUACUUCUUGGCCUUUGCGGUGUGUUGCGUUGUGUUCGUGAUGUACCGUGCCCUGAAGUGGUGCUCGUACAACAUGGAGGUCCUACGGCGGCGGCAGGCCAAAACCUUCAACUACAUCCGCCGGCUCAACCUGGAGUACAAGUCGGAGAUCACGCUGCACGACCAGAUCCACAAGAAGUUCGAGCUCUACAACAACUUCCGCAUGGUCAGCGCGGCGUUCUCCAUGCUGUACGCCAUCGUGGUGACCUUGGGGACGUUCCUGUCCGAGUUCACGUGGGUCCAGGUUCUAACGUUCGAAGUCCCGGAGCUGCUGGUUUACCUCGCUAUCGGUAUCAUCUUCAGACUACAAGACUUUGGGAAGUACGACAACGUGGAGAUGAUAUCACACCAGGAGAACUAUGCUGCAGUCGUUUUACCUGAAGUCCUGCAGACCGGGAAGAGGUUGAGACUGAUGCUGGGGCAUUAUGAUCAGGAAAACAAGGACGAGUCCAAGCAGGACAGAACGCGCAGCCCCCAACGUUUCCUGCAGUCCUAUCUCUCAGCAUUAGCAUUGUAGAAAAAGACUUGUAAAGCUGAUUUUUUUUGUCUGGUGCUUGUAUAUUGUUGUAAGUGAGAGGAAAAAGUGAAUAUUUAUGGUAAAACCUAAAUGUUAAGACAGCAAGGUAGGAAGCCACAUGCUGUACGGGUUAAGAUUUGCAGUAUGAGCACCCUACCUGAGCUACUGGUUUCUUUCUUUCUCAGGAUCCAUGCAUUGUUUAUGAGAAGUGUUGGUGUUCUCAAAAGCACAAUGUACUCAGUAUUGUGGAGGGAGGCUAGUGUAUUUGCAUCAUUGGUUAUUGUUAAAAGAGGAACUUAUUUUUUUAGGACAUAUACAUAUGUCUGGCAGCAGAUGUUCACAUUCUGCCAUGUAAAUAAGUACAUGUACUAGUCUACAAAAGAAUCCUCAGUACUUAAUCUACUAAGGUAAGAAAGAUUUUUUUAAAAAGAUGUGUACUUAUUAAUCAGGAAUAGAAAGAAAUCUUAAGACCUGGUCAACUGAUCAAGAUACUUAACUGCAAUUUCAGUGUCAUCAGCUAGGUGGCAGUUAUAUGGGAUAGUUGUGCAAGAGGUGUUUAGGAUUCACUGUUUCAGUGAUAUCACCUGACACCCAAUUUUACCUCGUUUUUAUGUGACUUUAUGUUUUUGUUCUCUGUUAUCACUUACCUUAUCAGUGACUGCAGUCGCAGAAAAUUUCACAAAGUUAGGAAAAACAUUAACAUCACCCUACGGCUUAAGUUGGUGUAUUGUGCAGUAGUCUGGAUGGAGAGAUGAGGUGCGUAGUAUUCUCUUAACAUGGCCCAAAGCUGCUGAUUGUACUGUAAUAUAAUUACUUAUCAAGAAAUGGUUUAAGAUCAAUUAUAACAUAUAUUUGGACAUCUUUGAAAUGGAGUUGCAAGUCAACCCAAUAAUUUGAAGAAUCUUCUUUUCUAAAAAGAAGACCUUAUCAAUCAUCCAUGUUAACUAAUGAUCCCAAACAAAUUUUGAACAUGAUUUUCUUGAAUGUUUGGGGACAAGGCAGAUCAAAGCAUAUCAUCAGUAAAAAAGGAUAUACAGAUAAACAAUGAGCACUCAGGCUGGUAUCUAAUAUGACAAUUGAUAGUCCAUCAGUGCGAAUCUCAAAUUGCCACAGCUUUACAUUCAGUGUUUACAUUAUCUGAACAGAAGUUCAGACUCAAAAACAGGCGAGAGCUCCCAGAGGGUUUUCAUGGUGACUACAAGUUGACAACUUAUCAACAAAGGCAAUGCUUUUCCAGUUUGAUGAUGUUCUUUGUUGUUUGAGAAAAGAAGAUUUUUACUGCUAAUGGACAUUGUGUAAAGAUAUUUGUACCGUCCUGUGUCAUCCCAAAGUAAAAAUGUUAUAGAUACCUGGACAUAAGGUACUGUACUACAAGUUCUAGCCAUGGUGUGCAAAAUGUAACUGUAUGAGAUGCUGACCCUCUGUGUCAAUUAAUGUCUUGUGUGACCGCUCCUCGAGCUCUAAUGGAAUAUUGCCUGGUAGAGAUUAAAAAAGGGAUAAAAUGUG